AUGCUACGAAGAAUUUCCGAGUCUUCAUCGUGGACAUUCCCGCAUCAUGCUAAACUUCAUUCAUCUCCGCAUCUUCCACAACAACCGGUACUGUCAUACAGUGCUGUUGUAUUGGUCGAUCGAGACGCCUAUCUCUAUGAUUUAGUGGAUUUGAUAGAAGCAAAUACUAUAAAUUGCAAUCCGAAAAGUUUGUUCAUUAAAAGUCAACGAAACAGUGUGACAAGUCAAGAUGAGAUUGCAACCACAAAUGAAUCAAACUCUCCUGUCCAGCAAUAUCAUUGCAUGACAUGGUCUCCAGAAGAGGAAGAUCAUCCAAUGAGUGACUGCUGUCCUUGUUUGAGUGAGGAAUCUUGUCCGGAUUUUGAUCAAUUCUAUCUUCCUGAUGAAAUAUUAAUGGAAAUAUUUUCAUACCUCUCUCCCAUGCCCUAUGCUGUCAUUUUGAGAAGAUUGAAUCGAUCGUGGAAGGCUUAUUUUGACACAAUAUUAAGCUUACAAAAAACUUUUCCAAUUAUUAACUCACAAUAUAUAGAUAUGAACUCGAUUUCUCUAGGAUAUCUUUCAAGAACCAUGCAACUGUUUCCUAAUGUAGAGCAUGUGCUUGUGUAUAAUAUCAAUGACAUUGAAGAUUGUUCCUUAUUUGCUCUGUUCGCGAGACAUUUUAAAAAGUUAAGGUCCAUGCGAUUUUUCUACUGUAAAUUCAAAGACUGUACAUGGAUCUACAUCCCUGGAUUGGAGAAGUGUGAAUUCAUCAACUCUUAUGGAGAGAGAACGAUUCGAGGCAAAAUGUUUCAAGAAGAACGAGGAACUAUUUUUACAAGCUCUUUUCUGAACCCAAUUUCAUGUGAACGUCAAAUAUGGUUCACAAACAACUAUUCCAUAGAAUAA